UGUCCGGAGGAAACUUGAAAAAAAAAAAAAAUCCUAGAGAAAUUCUCAUUACACAAGUCCGUCGAGAUUGGCAAACAGAUUUCGCGGUUAAGUACCCUAAUCGCGACGUCGGAAACCAUCGUCGUGUCUGGCUUAGCAUUUGUCGUAAUCUACGAUGGCUGGUUCUUCAGGCGGAAGCCAAAUGUCAUCACCGGCAGCUCCUAAAAUCCUUCUUGCUAAACCGUCCGUUUCUCCGAUUACCGGUAAAUUCGGACGCGGCAACUCCGACGACGAUAAUGCUUCGCACCGCUCUCGUCUCCCUCCUGUUAGCUCUCUGAAUAUGCUCUCCGAUUCUUGGGAUUUUCACAUCGAUCGCUUUCUCCCUUUCCUUACUGAGAAUACAGACUUCACGGUGGUUGGAGUGAUUGGACCUCCGGGUGUUGGCAAAUCGACAAUUUUGAAUGCAAUCUACGCCUUUGAUGGGAGCUCCCCUGGCUGUUACUUUGUAGGAAUGCUACCGCCAUUUUCUGUACAGUCUGACGAGAUCAAAGCAGCGGCAAAACAUUGUACUAUUGGCAUUGAACCAAGAGUUUCCGCUGAGAGGUUCAUCCUUCUUGAUGUUCAGCCUGUUUUCAGUCCAUCCAUAUUGGCUGAGAUUAUCAGACCUGAUAGUUCAUCCUCAGUACCAGUCUUGGGCAGUGACUCUCUGUCGGCUGAGUUGGCUCACGAAAUCAUGUGCAUCCAGCUUGGUGUCCUCUUAGCAUCCAUUUGUCACGUGUUGCUGGUGGUAUCUGAAGGAGUUCAUGAAGAUAACAUGUGGCAUCUGAUGUCAACGGUGGAUUUGUUGAAGCAUGCAAUACCUGAUCCAUCUUCUCCUGCACUUUCCCGUCUACAGAUCUCUGAGAUUGGGCCUGAAAUGGAAUUUAAGGACAAAUUAUCUGAGGGAAAUGAAUAUAUGGCUACUCCCAUAUUUGUGCACUCAAAGCUUCAGGAUCAAGAUCUCUCUCCAAAGAAUAUCUUGCAACUAAGAAAGGCACUGGCGCAGUAUUUCGAAUCAAGUUCAUUCACAGCAGGAAGGAAUGGGUCGGAGUUAGUCGAGCCGGUUUCUUCUGUGAUUCCAUCUAAAAGCUCGAGAAACCAGCACGAGAGUUAUCAAUUAGCAAUGUGGAAACUAAGGGAUCAGGUUUUGUCUUCUAAAUCUACGUCCUUUUCAAGACCAGUCUCUGAACGGGAGUGGCUGAAAAACUCAGCAAAGAUAUGGGAGAUGGUGAAGAAUUCUCCGAUCAUUGCAGAGUACAGUAGGGCUCUUCAAAGUUCCGGUAUGUUUCGGAGGUAGUAGUAGACCCUUCACUUAUAGUCAGUGUCUUGAUAUUCUAGGCUUGCUCGUUUGUUGCUGAAUUCAUUGAACUUGAGAUGUAGUGUUUUCUUCUUCUUCAAGUUCUUAAAGAAUAGUGUGUCAUGAAUAUUUUCUUACCGCAAAAUCUCUCUGUUACUUA